CGCACUCAGCACCCCGCCCACGCCCUGCCCCGCGCUGCGCUGCCUUGCCCUCGCCGCUCCGCCAAUUCCUCGCCGCCGUGUGCGCCCGCCUGCCGCCGCCGGCUCCUCUCGCUACGCGCCGCGCCCGCGCCUCCAGCGACACACCGCAGCCCACGACCCGACCGCGCAGCAUACAGCCUCGAAUGUCGGCACACCACAAUGUCCAGCUUUCUGGCCCUGCCCACCGCGACUUUCCUUGAGCAUCCCAUUUCCUGAAGCGCCUUGUUAAGCUCCCUUCUUUUGGCCCCGACCGCCGCCCCUCCGCUGUCGUUUUUUCUUGCGCCCGCACCAGCUCCGUCGACGCGCCGCUGCAGUCCCGCCCACACGCACGCCGCAGACUCACGCUGCACACACCGCAGACACACGCCGCUAUCCCGCCGCACCCCUCGCACCCCCCGCCCACAUGGCGUCUGCCGCGCCCUCGCCGCAGGAGCAGGCGCGCGCGAGGCUGUCCUUCGCAAAGGUCGCCGCAUCUGCUCUCAAACCACCCUCCCCCACCCAGCACGCCAGCGCCAAGCCGAAGCCGCCUGUUGCGACGCCCCGAAUCCUGAGCCAGCCGCAGAUUGCCCGCUCUGUGCCCGCCGCCGAGCAAGCACGCCCCGACACGAAAAAUGAGCUGAACGGGUCCGCUGGGAGCAGCGUCGACCGCACCGGACAGUGGACCGCCGCCGCCCAGCAGUCGGCCGCCCCCUCUUCCGACGUCAAGCAGGACCUGCCCGAGCGCCCCCGCUCCAUUGCCCUGGCCAAGGUGUCUGCUGCCGAGGACAGCAGCACCCAGCUGUCGUCGUCUGACGGAUCCGGCAAGCCUCCCAGCAUCGACGGGAAAAGCGUCGCGUCCGCCACCACCUUUGCCCUCGAUGAGAAAGAGUCACUGCGCCCCGACGACAGCGCCAGCCUGCGCGCUGUCGAGGAGGAGGAUGUGACGUCUCCCGCAGACUCGGUCGUCAACGACUCGCGCCAGGGCUCCGACAACGGCGCCGCUCGCGCCUUCCGCGACCAGCUGCACGAAAUUGCAGUCAUGAACCCCCAGUCGCAGCGCGGCGUCCCCCCAGGUCGAUUUCCCAAUCUCGCCACCGGCCCGCACAUGUUGUACGACCCUAACCAGGCCCUCAACGGCGGCCGGCCCAUGUCGCAGCCGGUCGGGAGUGUCAUGCCCCCGAUCGCCGGCGUGCCCUCUGCGCCCGACGAGAAGCUCAUCGAGGCGCUGCAGUCUCCACGUGACCGAUUGUUUGUUGUCAAGAUUGAGCAGGACUUUAUUGAUUUCAUCAAAGAUUCUCGUGAGAGCGAGUAUUCGCUGCCCAACUGCAACACCUUCUACAGGAUGCUUGCCCACCGCCUUGCCGACUACUACAUGCUUGGCCAUGUUGUCGACUCGACCAUGACUGGCGUCAAAAUCACAAGAACUCCGCUGUGUCGAAUCCCACCCCCGCUGUCACAGAUGGUCGACGCUACCAAAGGCGCAGACACGCCGCCUGUCGAGCUUCCUGCGCGCAAGAUCAUGCGCCGUGAAGACGCCAAGUCGGGCACCAACACAGCCUCCAACUCGCAGAACCCGUCCAAGACAGCUUCUGAAGCCGAUGGGAGUGAUGGCAGUAACGACGGCAAGGACAAAGCCGCUCUGACGCGCGAGGAGCGCGAGGCACGGUACCGGGAGGCCCGCCAGCGCAUCUUCGGUGCCGAGAGCGAAGAGUCCACUGCUGAGAGCACUGAACUCACAGAAGAGAAGGCGAACGACAUGUCGCGAUCGAGCUCCGCGUCCGGCAAGAAGAAAGCCAAGAAGCAGCGCAACUACGACGACGACGACUUCCAAGCGCGGUCGCAUUUCAAUGUCUACUACCCGCAGCAGUUCGCGGCGCCUGGGUACACGCCUGAGAACGCCGUCUACUACAACGGCUACCCGGGCGGCGUGCCGCAUGCACAGUACACGGGCGGAAACCCUGCGGCCUCGCCCCCCACAGCCUACGGCAGCCCAUACCCAAACUCCCCCGACGCCCAGCCUCAGUACGGGUGGAGCGGCCAGCAGUUCCAGCAGAACGGGUCGUACCAGAACUUCGGACAGAUGCAGCCUGGGUAUGAUCUCUCCGCCGACUUCCAGCGCGGCAUGUCUUUCCAGAGUCCGGUGAUGCCCUCGCAGGUCACGCCCAAGAUGGCCAACACCCCCAUGGCGCCGUACCAGGAGCCGUUCCAGCAGCCCCCGAUGCCGUCCCAGGGCUGGCCGCAAAUGCCCCAGCAGCCGUACCAGCAGCCCUUUGCCACGCCCAACAACCGCCCCGUCUCCGCGCCCCAGCCCCAACCCUACGCCUACGGCCAGUUCCCCCCAAAUCCCUACAACGGCCAGCCCAACCGCAACCAACACCCCAUCCCCGGCAGCUACCGCCCGCAGUUCAACCCGCAGAGCCAGGCCUUCAUCCCCGGCAGCCGCAACAUGCCCUUCCCGCUGCAGGGCCCGCCGCCCUACCCCUUCCCCAUGGGCCACCAGCCCUCGCUCUCCGGCCCGCUGCCGCGCAUCAGCCCCCCCGCCCCCAGCCCGCCGUCCUUCGGCCCCCCGCAGUCCCACGCCGCCCCCAUGCACCGCGUCGCCUCCCAGCCCGCCGUCAAUCCCAGCAGCAUCGCCAAGUACGGGACGCCCGCGCACCUGCCCGCGAAGCCGCCCGCGCCGCACCACGCGCCGCCCAAGUUCGAUCUCGGUUCGCUGAACGGCGCACGGGGGGCGGCGGGAUAGGUCUUGUUUUGGGGGGACGGUAGGAAGCGCGUGAUAUGCGGGUUUUGUAUGCAUUGCGAGGACAGGGGCAUUGUUUCUCCGGAUGGAGAGGGAGUUUAAAAGUCCGCGGUUUUGUAGUGUUAAUUUAGCGGAAUCGUAUGGCGAGGUAUCCGA